AUGGAACCAACAACUGAAACAAAAACCGAAGAAAUUGAUUUAGAAAAAUAUACUCAUUCCGGUUUAAUUGCCAAUAGCACUUUAAAGAAAGUUAUAGAAAAAUGUGUACAUGGAGCAAAAAUUGGAGAAUUAUGUGAGUAUGGUGAGAAAUUUAUGAAGGAUGAAUUAGAUAAGGUAUAUACAAAAAAAGAGAAAGGAAAUAAAGUUGAAAAAGGAAUAAGUUUUCCAGUAACAAUUAAUGUAAAUGAAAUUUGUAAUAAUUACGCACCUUCUUCAGAUUGUGAAGAAACAAUUAAGAAUGGUGAUGUAGUAAAGAUUAGCUUAGGAUGUCAUAUUGAUGGUCAUAUUAGUAUCGUUGGUCAUACGGUUUAUAUUGGUGGAGAAAAUGAAUCUAUAGAAGGUGUUAAAGGAGAAGUAUUAAAGAGUGCUCAUGUUUUAUCACAGUUAUUUUUAAAGAGUUUAAAAGUUGGUAUUAAUGCAAGUGAUAUAACAAGAAAUAUUCAGAAAGGUUGUGAAGAAUUAAAAUGUAAUGUUAUAUCAAAUUGUGUUACUUAUCAAAUUAAGAAAUAUAUUUUAGAAGGAAGCAAAUUUAUAUUUUUAAAAGAGAAUCUUGAAAAUAGAAUUGAUGAUUUCCAAAUUGAAGCAGAUGAUAUUUAUAUUAUUGAUGUUAUGGUUACUAGUGGUGAUGGUAAAAUUAAAGAAAGUGAUAAUAAAACAACCAUAUAUAAAAGAGAAGUACAAAAAAAUUAUCAAUUAAAAACUAAUUUAGGUAGAUCUUUUAUAAAUGAACUCAACAAAAAAUUCCCUGUUUUACCAUUUCAUGUAAAACACUUAGAAGAUCAAAGAGCUGCUUUAAUAGGUAUUCCAGAAGCUUUAAGACAUAAUUUGAUAAAACCUUAUACUGUUUACACAGAAAAGAAAAAAGAAGUUGUUGCUGGAUUCAAAUAUACAGUUAUGGUUAAAGAAGAUGGAGUUAAACAGUUUACUGGUAUUAAAUUCGCGCAAUUAAAUAACUGUAAAACUUGUAACUCCAUACAAGAUGAAUCAUUAAAAAAUAUUUUAAGUUUAUCCUUAUCUGGAAAAAAAAAAAAAAAUAAAGCAAAAAAUAAUGAAGAAGCAGGUAAUCAAGAAAAUUAA